CAAAAAGUAGAACCAUAAUUCACCAUACAACUGUUUGAUUCAACCUGAACUUUCGCUAUCCUAAAUCAAUUCCCCAUUUUUUCUCUCUCUUUUCGCUCAUUUUUCCCCUUCUUUUUUCCUAUGGAAAAUUUUCCCCCAUUUUCCCCCAUGUAGUGAAGUUUGAACCUUUUUGAGGUUUUGGUACUUGGGUCUGUGGAAAGGAUGAAUUUUGGGGAGGAGAUUGUGUUGGUUUUCAUUUGAAACAAAGCAUGAAUUUUUGCUAUGACAUGGAAGGUUGGGUUUUGGAUUUAGGUUCAAAUUCAUUGCCUCCAAGCCUUGUCAUUGAAUGCGGAUUCAUUCACAAUUCAAUUCCAACCUUUCUCCACUACAAGGAGAAAUUGAAACCCCAAAUCAUCCAAUCCAAAAAGCUAUAGUACUAUAGUAUAAGCAAAAUAAUUAUAUUAAAAAGAGUAGGGUUUAAAAUCCCUUUGUUUUUUUGGUAAUCUUUCAUCACCAAAAUGAAUAGUUCUGGGGGUGUAUUGGCCUUGUCUCCUGCGAAUAAUGUUUUCAACACAAGGGUGCCUCAUGAUUUUGAGGAGGAUUUUACAGAGAAAGAUCCUACCGGACGGUACCUUAGGUACAAUGAAAUCUUGGGGAAGGGUGCCUUCAAGACUGUUUAUAGGGCCUUUGAUGAAGUCGAAGGAAUAGAAGUCGCUUGGAACCAAGUUAGGAUUGAUGGCCUCUUGCACACAGUAGAUGAUCUUGCAAAAUUGUAUUCUGAAGUCAAUAUACUGAAGUCUUUGAACCAUGAAAAUAUCAUUACGUUCUAUGAUUCUUGGGUUGAUGAUAAGCAGCAUACCGUUAACAUGAUCACCGAACUUUUUUCAUCUGGAAAUUUAAGGCAGUACCGUCAAAAGCAUAAAUAUGUUGAAGUGAAAGCCAUAAAAGGCUGGGCGAGACAGAUUCUUCAAGGGUUAGCGUAUCUUCACAGUCACAAACCACCUAUAAUUCACAGAGACUUGAAAUGUGACAACAUCUUUGUUAAUGGAAACCAUGGAGAAGUCAAGAUAGGGGACCUAGGUUUGGCAAUUGUCAUGCAGCAACCAACUGCUCAAAGUGUUAUUGGGACUCCUGAGUUUAUGGCUCCAGAACUAUAUGAAGAGGAAUACAAUGAACUUGUUGACAUAUAUUCUUUUGGAAUGUGCAUACUAGAGAUGGUUACUCUUGAGUAUCCAUACGUUGAAUGUAAAAACCCGGCUCAAAUCUUUAAGAAAGUUACCUCGGGCAUCAAACCUGCUUCGCUUAAUAAGGUGAGCGACCCCGAAAUUAGGCAAUUUAUUGAGAAAUGUCUUGUUCCGGCAUCUGAGAGAUUGUCAGCAGAGGAGCUUCUUAAAGAUCCGUUCCUGCAAGUUGAGAAUGGUCCUAGGCUAGGUCGUAGCAGGUCCCGCCUAUCCAUGGACAUAGAUAAUGAGGGCAGGCAGAAUUAUGCAAGCAGUGAUGCCGGAAGCAACAAAGGCGGUGUGCAUAGUCCUGUUUUUGAAGUUAAGAGGACAAAUAAGAACAACGAGUUUAGGUUGACAGGAUCCAAAAAUGAUGAUAACUCGAUAUCAUUGACCUUGCGAAUUGCUGAUACUAAUGGUGGAGUAAGGAAUAUACAUUUUCUCUUCUACCUUGAUACAGAUACUGCUCUCGCGGUGGCAUCAGAGAUGGUCGAACAUUUGGAGCUCGCAGAUCAUGAUGUAGCCUUCAUAGCUGACCUUAUUGAUUACUUGGUAUUUAAGCUUCUACCUUGGUGGAAGCCUUCAUCUACUCGUUGCUCACCUGGCGAAUCAACUCAAUACAGUGGGUCAACAAAUGUAGAUGGCCAAGCAAUGGCAGGUCCAUGGAAUUCUGUCCCAAACGAUAUUCCCUCCGAGCCGGUUGCUGGUCGAGAUAACUUCUCCGAACACAAUACAUCGAGAGAAGGUUCUGUCUCAAAUGAGAAGGACAACUUUUCAGGGGAAGCCGAUGAUCCUUAUUACGAGGACAAUCGUAGUUCUUCUGCAAGUCUAUGCGACUCAGAAUAUCAACAUUCUCAAGGUUCCUUAACUUCAUUGUUUGUUGUAGAUGAUACUCCUAUGAAAAGUGACAAUAUUCUUUGUUCCAAGGCCGAAGAAAACUUUAAAUUCCGAAGCACAAGUCCCUCCGUAAGCGAGUUUCAUGAUACGGAUUUCGAGGAUUGCAAAUUGCACGCAGGGGAUUGUGGUUGUGGAGAUGGCGAGGUGAUAAAUGAAUUCUCAUCAAAGGAGAACUUAGGGCCAAUUUUGGAAAGGUCUAAUCUUUUGAGUUUGCCAUGUAGCUUUUCUUCUGUUUCUUCAACUAAUGACAUGGAUUUUGAACUAAAGUUUGAGCUUCAAGAAAUUGAUGCACUGUAUCAAUCUUGGAUUGAUGAACUCUGUAGAAUGAAGUUAGAGGCAUUGGAAGCAGCCAGACAGAGAUGGAUGGAAAAAAAGAAUGUUUCUGCUCAUUGAUUUUGAUACAUAUAUACAAGCUUUUUGAUUAUUAAUUAACCCUUGUUGAAAAGAUUCUGUUUCAUUGUAUAGUUUGUGAAAUUAAAUUUGUAUACUGGAUGCCCUUUUCUUUUUAGUAGAGGCACAAGUAUCAUUAAUCUCAAAUCUAUGAUUUAUGCUUUCAAUUUACAUUAUCAGUUUCUAAUUAGUAUUAUGUACAAUUAGAAUGACAACGUAUGUGCCUUAAUUUAAUAACUUCAAAAUUUUAGUAUUAUUGUU